UCAUUUCCAAUAUGUCGAAUUAUCAAAUUGCAAGUAGCAAUGUGCUGCAAAGCCCUCUUGAACUAGAUGAUGAUCAAAUCCUUGAGAAUGUAUACAAAACCCAUUUCCAUUGUGUUGAAAAAUGUGACGUUCAAUGUCUUCACAGUGUUGCUUCAAAUGUUAUACACCACUCUAUUGCAAUUACUGAUUGCCUCAUCAACAAGGGUAGCCAGCAGAGUGAUCAAUUCCAUGAAGGAUCGAGCUUCGGUUGUGUUCAACAACUCACGGCUAAACUAAAACGGAUUGCUUGCCAGAUGUUAUGCACAGGACGUGGCGAUAAGUAUGCGCAUCACACAACAAUGUUGAUACUGGAACAGUUGAAGGCAUAUUCUUGGGAUGCAAAAGCACUCAUAGUUCAAGCAGCAUUUGCCUUGGAGUUUGGAAAACUAUCCCAUAUUCCACAAAGUCAAAGUCAAAGUCAAGGUGAAGUAGUUGACCAACUCCAGGAAGUUGAAAAGUCAUUGGCGGAGUUGAACGGGCUUCCAAGCCUCCGGCAGAAGUCAGAAGAGCUUGUUAUUUUGAAUGGUUUGGUGAAGAAGGUAAUGCAAAUGAUUGGAUGCAUCAGAGAGUGGAAGGAGCUGAUAAGUAAAGAAUAUGAGAUAAAAGAAGUUCCAAUCUUGUCUCAAACUUUGCAUCAGAUCCCUGUCAUUGUUUAUUGGACCAUCUUCACUUUUGUCACUUGUACUGCUCAAAUUAAUUACUUCACUACCACUCAUCAUACCAACAGGGAUAACAGAUAUGAAUUGCCCAAGCAUUUUGAUCAUAGGCUUGAUGGUAUUCUUAAAAGUUUUCAGGAAAACCUAGAAGACUGCAAGAAACAAAUAGAAACAAUAGAAGAUUACACGAAGCGUAAGAAUAUCAUUUAUGGCGGUAAUAAAGAUAUUGUGAGGGUUUUGAGAGCUCUUAUCAUCUCCACUCAUCAGUACUCGGACUCAAGGCAAAUAGUUUAUUGUGGCCUCAAUGGACAACCGGUGAAAAUUGAGGAUCUGAAGAAGAAGCAUGUGUUGUUGUUCAUCUCGGGACUGGAGAACAUUCAAGAUGAAAUUAAGCUCUUAAAGGGAAUAUAUGAAAAGCUGAAAGAGGAACCAAGAGAAGUAGAGGGGUAUAGGAAAGAGGAUUUCAAGAUUCUUUGGAUCCCCAUUGUGGAUGAAUGGAAUGAAAGAAACAAGAAGGAUUUGGAGAAGAUGUUGGAGGACACUAAGAUUGGAUGGUAUGUGGUGAAAGAUUUCAAUUUCAAAACAGGGAUCCGUCUUAUCAGAGAGGUGUUCAAAUACAAAGACAAAUCAAUUAUCCCACUCUUAAGUCCUCAAGGUCAGGUGGAAAAUGAUGAUACCAAACUUCUUCUUUCUGUUUGGGGGAUUGAUGGCUUCCCCUUCAAGGCUUCUGAUUACACUCGUCUCACUCAACAAUGGAACUGGUUUUGGAAUGAAAUCACAAAACUCAAUCCAAGGAUGAAAGACUUUAUUGAAGACGAUUAUUACAUCUUCAUCUUUGGAGGGACAUCCAGCAAAUGGAUCGAAGAGUUUGAGACAGCUUUGAACACUUUGAAAAGGCAGAUAGAAACCACCGUCCCAAUCGAAUUAUAUCGAUUAGGGAGGGAUGAUUCCAGGGUUGUUCCACGCUUCUGGAUCGCCAUAGACAGCUUGCUAGCCAACAGGAAACACACGAAGGGUGGCGGCGGCGAGGGCGUUAUGGACUUUUCAACAAGAGAGAUGAAGAGGUUGUUGUUUCUUAAACAAGACCCAAAAGGGUGGGUCAUACUUAGCAAAGGGUCAAAUGUGAAGCUUCUUGGUCAAGGCGAGGUCAUGUAUCGAACGGUCAAAGAAUUCGAGAAGUGGCCAAGGAAGUUGGAUGACCAAGAAGUAAGCUUUGAUGUUGCAUUCAAAGAAUACUAUGAGAGGAUCAAGCUUAAAGAUGGUCCUCCCAAAUGUGAGCAUAGCGAAAUUACAUACCCCUCUGAUAUCCUUGCACGCAUUCCAUGCCCAAAUGUUGAUUGUGGCCGUUCAAUGGAGGUCACAUCUGUUAAUUACAAGUGCUGCCAUGGUCUUGAACAACCUAAUGUUCCUCCUAGGAGUAAUUUAUGUUGAGUCAAUUGUGCAUGCCAUGCAUGCUCGAGUUAUAUUUACUUUAAUUUAAUGUGUUGUUAUAUUCGUAGUUAAUGUUUACAAAUGCAUGUCUAUGGUGUGUGGUCAUUUAUUUCCCUAAGACUGGGCAAGGCUAGCUAGUAAAUAAUGGCCUUCAUGCAAUUUAA